AUGGAUUCUGGUGGACCGGAAGACCACCAGCGCUCUCACACCUUUCAACCCGGGCAUCAGCACAGUGCAACAAUCAAUUCUUCGACAUACCCAUCUUCUUCUAAUACUUACUCGGCAGACAGCAGUGCAUCGCCAAACCUUUCUCAUGGGGACCAAGAUGCGAUAAGCAAUGCCACAAGCAGCACAGAGAGCAUCCCUCAGGAUGCUGCUGGAGAGGCUGUAGCUGGCAGCGAAAAUGAAGCUGUUGGUCCUUCGUUGGAUGCACCCAAGCUCCCACCACAGCGGCCUUCACAACUGUCAGGGAAGUUGUCAUCACACCAAUUGUCUGGAGUGCGUCAAUCUGACGAUCAGCGAAGUGCUGCAAGGGGCCUUAAAAUUAGAAUAUCUUUUGGACAAAAGCUGGCGAUCAAGAAGGAAGCUGCUGUGCCUGUGCACAGCCCAACAGCUUCACGGGAAGCGCUUGUGAAUGGUGGCACCAGUGCAGCGCAGGAGCCUCUUGGUGGCACUGGUUUGCCACUACACAGUGCUGAUGCUCAGGAAGUUGCUGACAGGGAUAGGUCAGCUGGCGACAGCAGCUGCACAGAUACUGAUGAGGAUGGCGAGUUGAUACAGAGGGCCAUGAAAGCGAAAGAGGAGCUCCUGAGACGGCAGCAAGAAUUGCGAUUGUCAAAGCCAAGACAAUCCUCCUCUUAUCGUCCACGCCCAGGAGGCGUUACUUUGAAGCUUCUCAUUGAUGAGGGACUGCUGCAGCCUGGCCCUGCAGUGCUCAAUUUGGAGUACCGAGGCCUUCAGGAAACGGGUGACCUGUUGACAGACGGGCGCAUACAAUGGAAAGAUAGAGUUUUCGACUCGCCCAGCGCCUUCUCCAUAUUUGUGAAGCGGAUGGUUAACCCGUCAAGAAAAGCUGAUGAUGGAUGGAAGACUGUGAAGUAUUGUGGCAAGUACCUGGAUCACUAUAAACUUGAGCUUGCUCGACAACGUUUUGGCCCAGCUGUGGUUGCGGAUGCUUUGGGCCCAAACAACAGUGACACAGAGCUGGAGCAUGUUGUAAAGAGGCCUCGAAUGGAGCCGGGCUGCCCCUUGCCCAACACAUCAGUUGAAGCAGGGACAAGUGGUGGUGCUGAGAGCAAUACGCCAGCUGGGAGUGAGCAGGUUGGAGCCUCAUUCCAUCAUGUGCAGAAUGCCGUUGGGGUUUCGAGCCCUUCUCAGACCUUGCAGCACAGUGAUCCAGGAAACGAUGAUGGGCUGCAGGGGAGUGAUGCACUCAUUCACUCAAGGGUUUUUCCAGGGGAAGCUUCCUUGAUUCACCCAAGCCUGUUGGGAAUCUGA